GGAAGUAGAGCAGGGUAAACUCACGUGCACGACAUGAAAAAUACAAAGAAAACAAAGAAAACAAAGAAUGAGUCUAAAAACGGUAAAUUUAAGCCCGGCUCCAAGAGAAGAGAAAAAAAAUACAUCGUGACGUUUGACGACAAAGGCCGAGAGGAGUAUUUAACGGGGUUCCACAAAAGAAAGGUUGAAAGGAGGAAGGUGGCGGUGUCAGAAAUUCGAAAGAAAAUCAAGGAAGAGCAGAUCAGAGUCCGAGAAGAAAGGCAUACGGAAUACAUUCGGGUGCUGAAGGAGCGGACAGAUGCUCUCGAGGAGGCUGAAGAUGAACUGGAAGAUGUGAUAACCGGUCAAACGGAGUCUGUGCAGUUCGAUCACCCCAACCACACCGUCACCGUGACAACCAUUACUGAACUUGACCUGACGGGGGCUCACCUGCUUGGACCGGUGGCAAAUCAGGUUGAUGAAGACGGCAAUGAUGAAGAAACGGGGAAAGAAAGAGGGGAGGUAACAAGAGCGAUGCCGAGAAAAGCUGGAAAUCCAAUCAUGAACAAAAAGAUCCGCUCCCUGAACUCGUCGCUCAGCUCUUUCACCACCAAGGGGAGAGCGAAGGGGAAGGGGAAGGGGAAAGGGAAGCAGGAAGGCCGAGGUGGACGAGGCCAGCAGACAGACAAGAAACAGAACGCCGCCGAGACUAAAAAGAAAUCCGGGAGGACCAGCAAGGGACAGAGACGCCGACUGACCGGGAAAAAGGUGCAUCAUCGGGUGUGAAAGAGUGUGUGGGGGGGCUCUGAAGUAGGGUUGGAACUGUGCAACAGAAUGGACUUUUGCGUAUGUACCCUCCUGUGUUGGAAGUGCUGAGAACGGUGUCAAAUGAGCACCAGCUGGUGUGGAUGCUCUGUUGGAACGUGUAUUGUGAUAUUUCAGGAUAUUUCCAGUGUACCUGCCUCAUUAAAAUAUUGUGCUCAAACUGUUUAUCGCUUAAUCGUGUACAAACUGAAGUGUAUUUGGUUAAAAUGUAAUUCAAUAAAAGAUCCAUCUUGACCGUGUGGUGCAGCCACAUCUCACAAACUGUC